AUGAACUGCACUCCUAAUGCCACCCUCACUCCACAGCUGGGACUUGUCCUGAGCCCAGGGGCUGAAGAUGAAGGGUCCCAGGAGAGCAGUGGCGCCGGUGGCAGCGGGGGCCUUUGGGUGACCUCCCUUCUUGGCGCCACGCUGAUGAUCAUGUGCGCCAUGGGUGCAGCAGGAAACACGUACACGCUCAUCAUUACCCGUUCAGCCGCUUUGCGCCGGACAGGCUCCAUGUACGUUUACAUCAUCAAUCUGGCUCUGGCAGACCUGCUCUACCUCUCCACCAUCCCCUUCGUGGUGUGCACCUACUUCGCCCAUGACUGGCUGUUUGGUGAAGCUGGCUGUCGCAUCCUGCUGAGUCUCGACCUCCUCACCAUGCACGCCAGCGUCUUCAUUUUGGUUGCGAUGAGCCUGGAACGCUACCGUGCAGUGGCGAGGCCCUUCAGCGCACACAGGUCCUCAUCCCGCAACCGAAAGCUUGCAGCGGGGAUUAUCUGGGGGUUGGCUUUUCUGAUAACGCUUCCCAUGAUGGUUAUGAUCAGACUCAGGGAGGGCAAACCUACUGCAGCUGGUUUGGUUAAGAGGAUCUGCUUCCCUACCUGGACCCCUGAGGCCUUCAAGGCUUAUAUCACCGUCCUGUUUCUCACAAGUGUUUUAAUUCCUGGAUUGGUAAUCGUUGGGCUCUAUGUGGGGCUAGCUAGCCGCUACUGGGCAGUGCAGGCUAGCUUAGGAGGUAGCAGCCGGUCUGCCCGGAGGCGAGGGCUCAAACAAAAAGUCGUAUCGAUGAUUUUUAGCAUCGUAGUGGCCUACUGGGCUUGUUUCUUGCCCUUCUGGGGAUGGCAGCUCGCCAAACUGUUCUCUCCGGAGUCCCUCAGAGCUUUGUCUCCAGCUGCUCAUAAUUAUGUGAAUUUCUUUGUCACAUGUCUGACCUAUGGGAACAGCUGCAUCAAUCCAUUUCUUUACACUCUUCUGACCCGGAACUAUAAAGAUUACUUGGCCCAGAAAGGUCAGUCUGUGGGUUCAAGCAGGGCUGACCCCGGGUCAGCUGUGACCACACCACUGCAGGAGCUUUAG